CAAGAAAAAAAAAUAAAAAUGGAUAAGAAUAUUCUUAUAUUAUUAUAUAUAGUUUUUAUUGGACCAUUGUCUAUUGCAUUAUUUUUGUAUGGAUUCUUUCCUUUGGUACAUUAUGAUAACACUAUAGCAACACAAGAUAAUAUACCAAAAUUUAUAAAAAAUGCAAGAGUAAAAACAGAUACAUUGUAUCAACCAAUGGCUAAGAAAUUGGUCAUUAUGGUUAUUGAUGCCUUAAGGUGGGAUUUUGUAACAGGAUCAAGUGGGAAUGUUAUAAUGCCUAUUACAAGUAGUCUUAUAGCAAAUUCUUCAGCUUCUUUGUUCAAAGCUAAAGUACAACCACCGACUGUUACAAUGCCUAGAAUAAAGGCAAUUACCACUGGUAUGAUACCAAGUUUUAUCGAUGUAGCUCUAAACUUUGGAAGUAAACCAAUUUCUGGUGACAGUGUACUCUUCCAAGCAAAAGAAGCUGGUUAUAAAUUAGUACUUUAUGGAGAUGAUACUUGGAUCACAUUGUUUCCAACUAUAUUUGAUCGUUAUGAUGGUACAACAUCGUUUGUUGUAACAGAUUUUACUGAGGUUGAUAAUAAUGUGACUAGGCAUAUACAUGAAGAAUUAUAUAAUAAUAAUGAUUGGUCUAUAAUGAUUCUUCAUUAUUUAGGUUUGGACCACAUUGGUCAUGUUCAUGGACCAUUUAGUCCAUUAAUUAAAACCAAACUUACAGAAAUGGACAAUUUAAUAGCAAAAAUUCAUUUUAAAGUUCAAGAAUGGAAUCAAAAUAAUGAUUCUACCUUAUUUAUUAUCUGUGGGGAUCAUGGGAUGAAAGAUUCUGGUGGUCAUGGUGGUUCAACAGUAUCAGAAACAACUGUUCCCUUUAUUGUAAUUGGUGGGGAAUAUCAUCAAAAUUAUAAUAAUACCAUAGAGAUAUCACAAAUAGAUAUUGCAUCUACAUUAUCUGUGAUUUUGGGAGUGCCAAUACCAUACCCUAAUAUAGGAACUGUCUUUUUGGAUACUUUAUAUGAUUUACCUAUUUCAAAGAAGUUAUUUAUACUUUAUUACAAUUCAAUGCAAGUCUUUAAUCAUUUCAAAGAGGUAGUUGAUUAUGAGUCUGAAUAUGCAUAUCAGAAAUAUUUAGAAGCAAUAAAGCUCCAUAAUGCAUGGUUAGAUACCAAAGAUCAAUCAGAUGAUAUGACAGAUGAUAUUGUUCUUUCCUAUAAGACUGCACUAAAGGGAAUGAAAGAAAUCCUCAUAAAUAGUACAGUGAAAUAUGAUUUCCAGAUAAUAACAAUAGCUAUAUUUUUCUUAUGUCAUAUUACUUACAUUUUGGUAGGGAAAAUGUCUUCUAUGCCACCUACAUUAAAAAAUGUUUUAUCUUUUAUUAUUUUAAAUAUAUUUUCAUGGCUGUUGGUGAAUUAUUUCUGGAAAAGUGAAGAUGUAUCAUUACUUUAUACAAGAAAUUUCAUCACCACUAUGAUAGCAUUGAGCAUAAUAAUUGCUUUAAUGAUAAAUUCCUACUUACUUGCCAGUAUUAAGCAUCUUAGCAUUUUUUCAUUCGAGAAAGAGAAUGGCAUAGAAAAGUGGCUCCUUUUAUUCGGGACAUUAAUACAUGCAAUUAGUCUUAGUGGUAGUAGCUUUGUGGAGGAAGAACAUCAAACUUGGUAUUUCUAUUGGGCCACAGUCCUCAUAUUAUUGCUAUACAACUCUAUCACGAAAUUUUUCAUGCAUUUACGAUCAAGCUUCCAACAAUGUAUGCAUGCACAGGUUUGCAUUAAGCUGUUGUUAUUACUAAUAGGACACAGAAUUCUUCGAAAAUUAAAUAGUACUGGGGAUAAGUAUGCUCAUCUUCCCGAUAUAGCAGGAUUUUUAGUAGAGCAACAGAGCAAAUUGGGCAUGACUAUUGUGCUUGUCACUGGUCUUGCACUCUUGACAUGGAUUGAUUUUGUUCACCAGAGUAAAAAAUACAAAAAGCUAUCCUUUCUACUGAACUCAGUAGCCAUCAUAUGCAUUUAUCUUCGUCAUAUGCAUAACAAUAGUGUUGCCAAAAUACCAUUUUUCCCUCAGAUUAGAGAGGUACACGAAGUACAAAUUUUCUGGUUUCUACUACUAAUAAAUUUCGCAAAUUACUUUUAUAAUUUAGUCCAAAUAAGAAAAUUCGAUACCAGACUCUUUUUAAGAGUUUCUUUGCAUUUUAUUGUACGAAUGUGGACUAUGAUCUCAGCAAUGCUUCAUCAGCCACACAAUGUAAUACUUUUGCCACUUCAGAUAAUUUUCAGUAGCCUAAUUCGUGGAAUAAUUAAGAACGAUAUUACGCAAGAGAUUUACGUGUUCUUGUAUGCGUGGAUUGGCAAUGUGUUUUACUUCUAUCAGGGAAAUUCUAAUAGUUUGGCGACUAUCGAUGUAGCUGCUGGUUAUGUAGGUGUACAAUCAUACAUACCAUUAAUUAAUGGUUCGUUAUUGUUAAUUAAUACCUAUUCAGCUCCGGGUUUGGCCUAUCUUCUGCUUGUGUAUCAUGCCAUCUUGCAGCAUACGUUCGAUACUCGGAAAAUAGUUGCACAAAUUAGUAAAACGUAUAUUACAUGGAGAUUGUUGCCAGUAGCUAUUUACACAAUUAUAAUCAGCAUUCAGCGUCAUCAUUUAUUCGUCUGGUCAGUAUUCUCACCGAAAUUAUUGUAUGAAGCGGUACAUUCCGCUGUUAUUUGUUUCAUUAUAUUUAUCAUGCUAAUCUUGACUAUAUUGCAAGAGACAAUAAAUAAUUCUGCAAGAUGA